AUGUCCAACAUUGUCCGCUCGGAGGCGAAUAUCGACAAUUGUACCAAGACUCUCAUGGAGAAAUUUCAUGAGAUCGCGGUGAAGGGAGAUGCCAUCGAUGUGUCCACGUGGGUACAGUGGUACGCAUUUGAUGUCAUAGGCGAACUCUUCUUCAGUCGCAUGUUCGGUUUCAUGGCGCAAGCCGCUGACUAUCGCGGCUACAUUACAGCCCUUGACUGCCUCCUCCCGAUGCUGACAACAGCGUGCGUCAUGCCCUCCUACAUCCGGCCGGUUUUCUUGACAGGCGGUGCGAUCUUCCCGCGCAUUCUCAAAGCCCUCAUGAGCCUCAAGAAUGUUGAAACAGCAGCGAAGGAUGCUGUCGCUGAGCGAUCCGCACUGAUGAAGAAGGGAGAGGCCGACGGAAAGGACGACAUUAUGAACAGUCUGUUUGAAGUCAUGGAGACUAAAGGCGAGAAGGUUGAUUUUGGCCUCACUGAGAUCACAGUAGAGGUCUACGUUGCGCUGUAA